UUGCCAGGUCGAGUACCUACUUGAACAUCUUGUUGUUUGUCAAGUUAGAGAUAAUUUUUAUUUGUUGUAUUUUUCUAUAAAUUCAUAAAGCACGCGUGAGAUAAUCGUUUUCUUAUUAAUCUGCAAUCAUUCCAGUGUUUUGUUAGGCAUUAGUUUGUGUAUAAUGAGGUCACCAAGGCCGUUUAAUCUUAAAGUAAAUUUAUGGUUAAUGUAGUUGGAUAUCGUACAGUUUUCAAGUAGAUUUAGUGGUUUGUGGGAGCUGUUGAGAUAAAGUCGUUACGAGAAACCCGUGAAGAUGAAGUUUGCCGAACAUCUAAGCGCUCAUAUUACACCGGAGUGGCGAAAACAGUAUAUCAAUUAUGAGGAAAUGAAAGCGAUGCUGUACACGGCGGUGGAGGAGGCUCCUUCAGCGGAGAACGUGGAGCCCGAGGUGCUCUCGCGGCACUUCGCCAACUUCGACGAGAGCUUCUUCCACUAUUGCGAUCAGGAGCUCAAGAAGAUCAACACUUUCUACUCAGAAAAACUCGCGGAAGCGACGCGCAAAUUCGCAACGUUACAAGCGGAGCUGAAGUCACACUUUGACACGAUGAGGCCGAAAGGCGGCGGCGAUAGCAAGAAGAGCAUACCUCGGCGGAAGGUUCAGGACCUCAAGUUGGCCUUCAGCGAGUUCUACCUCAGUCUGAUCCUGCUGCAGAACUAUCAGAACCUCAACUACACCGGGUUUAGGAAGAUCUUGAAGAAGCAUGAUAAGUUAUUAAACGUAAGCAACGGCGCACAAUGGCGCGCAGAGCACGUAGAGACAUCUCACUUCUACACAAAUAAAGACAUAGAUAGACUAAUUAGUGAUACAGAAGCGACUGUCACCAAUGAUUUAGAAGGUGGAGACAGACAGAAGGCUAUGAAGAAGCUCAGAGUCCCACCGUUGGGCGAGCAGCAGAGCCCAUGGACGACCUUCAAAGUUGGCCUCUUCUCCGGGUCCUUCAUUGUUCUGUUCAUCACAGUAGUUUUAUCUGCAUUAUUCCACGAAGGCGGCACAGAGAAUUUCAAGACAGCCUUUAGAUUGUACAGAGGACCAUUCCUGUUAGUAGAGUUUAUAUUUUUAAUAGGCAUCAAUGUCUAUGGCUGGAGGUCGUCUGGGGUCAACCACGUGCUAAUAUUCGAGUUGGACCCCAGGAACCACCUAUCAGAACAGCACUUAAUGGAACUAGCGGCUAUUUUUGGAGUGGUCUGGGCUUUGAGUAUCCUCAGUUUCAUAUACAGUGCGAGUCUGAGCAUACCUCCGUUCGUGAACCCAUUAGCCCUGGUUAUUAUCAUGAUGGUAUUUCUGGUGAAUCCGUUCAAAGUGUUCAGACAUGAAGCCCGCUUUUGGUUCAUGAGGAUAUGUGGUCGCAUCCUGGCGGCUCCGUUCAUGCCGGUGCUGUUCGCGGACUUCUGGCUGGCGGACCAGUGGAACUCCUUCGCGGCUGCCUUCCUCGACUUCCACUACCUCGUCGCCUUCUACAUCGCGGGCGGCGACUGGUUUAAUGUUAACGAUUCAUUCGAAGCAGCCCACUGGUUCGUCGUAACCCGGGCGUUAGUGAACAUAGUCCCGGCGUGGACGCGGUUCUGGCAGUGUCUGCGGCGCUACCGGGACAGUCGAGAAGCGUUCCCGCAUCUCGUCAACGCGGGGAAGUACUCCACCACAUUCUUCGUCGUGCUCUUCGCGACCCUCAGGGUCAUUUACAAAGACAGUUACGCAGACAGAUACGACAACCCGUUCCUGUACGCGUGGUUCGCAUGUCAGCUGGUGUCUUCCAUGUACACUUACACCUGGGACGUCAAGAUGGACUGGGGGCUGUUCUCUUGCGGGCCCAGUGCUGAGAACAAGUUCCUCAGGGAGGAGAUCGUCUACAGUCCUGGGUUCUACUACUUCGCGAUAGUGGAGGACUUCGUGCUACGGUUCAUCUGGACGUUAUCGUUCGUGGUGACGGAGAACAACCUGGUGGGCGCCGAGACCAUGACGUCCAUUCUGGCGCCGCUGGAAGUCUUCAGACGGUUCAUCUGGAACUUCUUCCGCCUGGAGAACGAGCACCUCAACAACUGCGGCAAGUUCCGCGCCGUCCGCGACAUAUCUGUCGCGCCGCUCGACUCCUCCGACCAGGCCGAUAUAAUCCGCAUGAUGGACCACGCCGACGGGGUCGUCAACAGAUUAACAAAAAAGAAGAACGCAAAGAAAGUGAAAGACAGUGAUAAGAAACCUCUUCUGAAGAAGGAGUCGAUCCAAGACCUGCAGUUGGAGAUGGAUUUGUCUUCGAAGAUGCUGUAACCCUCUGUGAUACCCUACACAUAGCCAAUGUUAUACGAUACAUAGUAUUAUUCCAAUUAUAUUUAUAGAUAUAUUAAUGAAAUAUUAAAAAUCGAACUGAU